GUUAGCGUUAUUUAAAUUGACGUUGAAGCCAUCUCUGUUUACUGUAUAUUGUACUCUUUAUUGUACUUAACUUAUGUAUGCAAUCCCUAAAAAGAUCGUGUUCUUUAGCUCCGGAAUUGAAUACACGGAAGUGACGUAUAUGGGAUACACUAUUAUAAUGUUACAAAUAUAAUUGUUUGGGCUCUGGUUUAACUCUGGGUUUUGUUAUAGGACUAAACCAUACAUAUCUGACAGAAACUUGUCUAUUAAUAUUUGUUUGCAUGAACUUUGACUGGAAUGUUUUGACUGUUGCCCCGCCUCCUGGUCUUCCUCUGGUGUGCUGCUGGGAGAACCGGAAGAGACACUGAGUCUCGUGUGUGUGUGACGCAUCGCGUGCGCCACGGUUUGACAGACUAUACCGGACUCUUCGGAUCAGUGUAUCGAAACAUCUGCGCUCCGGUAUCUCAGUUUCUCUCAGCCACCUCUAUAUGCUGCUCCUCCCUGUUUACUGUGUUUACUGCGUCACAGCACAGACUGUAGUUUCGGGGCGUCACUUGCGCGUGACUACAGCUCCACUUCCGGUGUUGUCGACGGUGCUCUGCAGUUAUGGAGGUUCUUCUCGGAGUGUGUGUUGUGCUGCUGGCCGAAGUGUGCGCAGCAGGGGGCGCUGUCGGAGCAGCAGAGUACAGGGGUUUCCCUGCUAACGGCACGGAUCAAAGCAGCGCUCCGCUAACAGGCCUGAGGCGUCCUGAGAACGUCAGCACCGUGGACUCUCUCAACACCCGUUAUGUGCUGCGGUGGGACUGGCCUCAUGAGAGCGCGGUCGGUCAGAACGUCACCUUCACUGCGCAGUAUAUAUCGGAGCGCCUCUUCCAGAAGCCCCGUCAUGAGAAGCACUGGAUCUCGGUGUGUGUCGAUGUUUUGGAGCAUCGCUGUGAUUUCACUGGAGCUCAAUUGCAUUACUUGGCCUUAUAUCGUCUGCGCGUGCGAGCCAACACGCCACAGCAGUCCUCCGGCUGGGUCCAGAUCCGAUUCUGUCCUGAUAAACACGCUGCUUUAGGUCCUCCGUCCAGUGUGAGGCUGACGUCUAUUAAAGGACAUCUAGAGAUCAACAUCACUGACCCUUUGACCAGCACUAACCAGUCCAUGAAGACGCUGCUGGACAGCAAUCUGAGCUACCUCAUCCAGUGCUGGAGGCGCUCGGAGGAGCCGCAGAAGGCUGAAGUCCUGCAGACAGAGAACAAUAUUGUGAUGCUGAGCGGUCUGGACAGAAAGACGUGGUACUGUGUGAGAGUCCAGAGCCGCUACGACUUCUACAACAAGACCAGUGUCUUCAGCGACACACACUGCACACGCACUGGAGGUCAGAUGUCGUACUGGCAGUUAUUCCUGUGCUUCCUGGUCUCUCUGCUGCUGUGUUUCCUGCUGGUGCUGCUGUUGUCCUUCUGCUUUUACAAGAUGUUCACUCUCUUAAAGAGCACCUUCUGCCCAGCCGUUCACCUCCCGGAUCACAUUCAGGAGCUGUGGUCGUCUGGCUGCAGGGCUCCGCAGCUGCUGGCUCCUGAGUCUCCAGAGUCAGUGUGUGAGCCGCUGGUCAUGGCCUGCACCGAGCUGGACGCUGCACUGGUCAACACUGAGGAUCAGGACUUCAGCACACACAGCCGGCACGGCAGCGGAGACUCGGGCGUCUACUCCACCGAGGAGGACUCCAGCACAGAUGAAGCUCAGAGAAGAGAGGCAUGAUGGGACGCAGCUGGAGCUCGGAGCAGAUCUCAGACAUCUGGAUUUUAACAUGCAGAUUUCUUCUGAUUCUUAUAGAAUCUUAAUUCAUUAUUGUCACUGUAUAUCUUUGUCUAAAAGAGAAUGAACUGUCAGAUUAAAAUCACCUGUGUGUAUGUGUAA